UCGUUACUCGGCUCCGCGAUACGAAAAUCUCAAAUCGUGACAGAGUGAUAAAGUGAACGACCCACCUAAUGUCCGGUAGGGGCACUCUAAAGGAAUCUGAACGCUCUUUAGGUGCCUGGGUGCACUCGGGUGGGGAAUCUGAACGCAGCCCUGGCUGGCGGUGUGACUGCAAAUCGGCGCCUCAACGUCAUCACUGCCGAUACUGAUAGGCAUAGAUAAGUACAACGUAGUCCAAGACGCUCUAGCAUUCAAAAAAUUUCACAUUGCUACUUAUGCUUUAAAGGACAGUUGCUCAAGUUACGAUUGGUGUACUAAAUUACAAUUUGAUUUUUUCUCGCCGAUUAAAGACAAUUAUAUGUAUUAUGGAUACAGCAAGAAAUAUUUAAGAGCCUGUUUAAAGUUGGAUUAUUUAUGAAAGUAAAGUUGCAAAUAUGACUGACAAUAUGAGUGACAAAAAGAUCACAUAUUAUUCGCUGAGUGGCAACACGGAGGAGGAUAAGAAACUUCUGGAGCCGGUCAAAUACAUUUCUCAAUGUGAGUUAAAUAAUUUGUCCAAAAAUUGUACCAAUAUUUUUAAUUACUGGCUUCAAGUAUCACCGGAGAACCUUCAACAAAUUGACGAAAUACUAAGUAUUUUGUUCAAAUCAUGUCUCCUAUUAGACGAUAUUCAAGAUAAGGCUACUUAUCGAGGAGACUUUCCCGUAGCCAAUUCCAUUUAUGGAAUUGGUAAUACUAUAAAUGCUGCCAAUUACGCACAAAUGAAUGCGUUAGAAAAAAUGGGCACCAUCCAUCCAGAGGCAAUUAAGAUAACAAUAGAAGGAUUACAAGAAUUUUAUAGAGGUCAAGGAUUGGACAUGUAUUGGAAAGAAAAUUAUAUUUGUCCAACCGAAGAGGAAUAUAAAAUGGUGGCAAGAAAAUGUGGUUGGUUUCCAAGGUUGGCAUAUAAGUUAAUGAAAUUAUUUUCUUUGUACGAAGAAGAUUUAUCACCGUUAAUUAAUAAUAUCGCAUUAUAUUAUCAGAUAAAUGACGAUUAUUGCAAUUUGUGUGAGGAAACUGAUGAUGAUCACAAUUAUUGUUCGGAUUUAUCUGAAGGAAAAUUUAGCUUUCCUGUAAUUCACGCAAUUACAAGAAAUCCCGAGGAUAAACAAAUAUUAAAUAUUUUAAAACAACGGACAACCGACAGAAAGAUGAAACGGUACUGCGUAAAUUUACUAGAAAGUUUUGGUUCUCUCAAAUACACGAAGGAUGUAUUUAAGAAAUUAAAGAAGGAAAUGGAAAUAGAAAUUGAACGUUUAGGGGGACAUCCACUUUUCCUGAGUUUCUUAGCUUUGAAGAAUUGUAAAAGUACUAUACCAUAAAAUAAGAAAGCACUUACAUUAUUUUUUGGUAUUAAGAUAAUGCAUUCAUGUAUUAGUUUUUCUGGUCUUAUCAGCAUUCCGACUGUAUAUGUAUAUAUAUAUAUAUAUAUAUAAUGAAAUUUUAAUCGUAAAAUGUAUCGUAA